GUAAACUCGAUUCUCUUUUGCAAUUCCGCUUGCAUGAUUUCAAAUGAUUAUUGCUCUUUGUAUUUCAAUCUCUGUCUCCAAGCUACUGGACGUAUGAGACUCGAGCGGGACGGACCGGUGUUCAAAAUUGUAUCAAAAGUGGGGUACCAUAGGACACCGACAUCACCAAUGUAGAUGUGGACACUGCAAUUGAGAAGAAAGUUUCGAGGCGUUUACAGAGUACUUUAUCAUUGGAAGAAUCUGAUUUCUUCCUCAUACAAGGCGGUCGAUCAAUCUGAACCUGUCAAAUCUACUUAGAUCUUCGCACUUGCCAAUAUUCUCCAAUUUCUCCGAUAUGGCAAUAUCGCAAGAGACACCAAAUGGCACCCACGAGCCUGCAAAAGCGGCGCAUGUCAACAUGAUGACGGAUACAAUCAUUGCCAACCUUCCUCCCGAUGGCCUACGUUCGAUUCUCCGGAGCUUGCUAGGCGUGGAUGCCAAAGUUACCCCUGCUUUUCAAUCACUUGCAGCAAAAUAUCUCGAGGCAACUAAACCUACUUCGAUCCCAGUACUGUUUACGACUAGAGACUCAAAACCUAGUCUUGACUUUUAUGAGUUUCAGAAACGCUAUAGGUGCUUGAUGGGAUGUGGAAAGGGCUUUGAGAGCUUGCGAGCCAUUAGCGAGGUCAUCCAACAAGUUCGAAAAUUGGAUAUCGAUUCGACUAAACUAGAUGACUCUUCGGAUCACACUUUUGCCGUCAUUGAUAGCGAUCUCGUGCAAGCUGUAACGGCAUUGCAAAAGCAAUUGAGCACAUCCUCUGGUCUUCGAGCAUUAAGCGAAAGCGAGCAAUGCAUCAUACAAGACUUACGAAAAGCGAAUGAUGGGUGUGACGCCAACUUUGCGCGAUCUGGGCAUUCGCCCCCAUUCGGAAGAGGAUCGUCGACUCUGCGGACGCUUCUUACUCAAGAUGAAAAGAAGGAGCCAAAUGGUAUGAAUGUGCACCGAGGAUCAAGGCCAUACCAAUAUAAAUCUUCAGCGUCAAAUAUUGAGACUAUGGCGCUUGGAGAAGCCAUCGUCCCGAGGAUGUUUAUGGGAUUAUGGCAGUUCUCAAGUCCUGCUUGGGGUUCAGCAUCUUGGUCGAAUAUUCAGAAGGAUUUCAGGAAGCAUGCAGAUGCUGGCUUUGUUGCUUAUGAUAUGGCAGACCAUUAUGGGGACGCAGAAAGGACUUUCGGAGCAUUCAGACUUCUGCAAGACGACGCAGAAAACAUAUACUGUGCCACGAAAUGGUGCGUAUUUGAAACGACUACUAUAUCGCCAGGUGUUGUCAAAGGCGCAAUUACAAAGCGUUUGACGACACUGCAAUCCAACAGAGUAGAAUUGUUACAAUUCCAUUGGCAAGAUUACAAAGACAAACAAUAUGUGGAAGCUGCGAAACUAAUCGAGCAAGAUUCACGAGUUGAUGGUCUUGGAUUGUGCAAUUUUGACACAGAUCACAUGGAUGAAAUCAUUGAGACGGGAGUCAAAGUUGUCUCGAAUCAAGUUCAAUUCUCCUUGAUUGAUCUUCGACCUACAUUCAAAAUGGCGGAGAGCUGCCGAAAACAUAACGUGAAACUUCUCACUUAUGGGUCAUUGUGCGGAGGUCUACUCGCUGAUCGCUGGCUGGGUAAACCAGCUCCAAAUCUAUUCGAUCCAGAGAUGACACCAAGCUCUCGAAAGUACUUCGAAAUGAUCACAAUAUGGGGAGGUUGGAAGCUCUUUCAAGAACUUCUGACCAUCCUCUCAACAAUCGGAAAGAAACAUAAAGUCUCUAUUUCCGUUGUAGCUGUGCGAUGGGUUCUGGAACAUGAAUAUGUAGGUGCUGUGAUAGUCGGUGUGAGGAUGGGUAUCAGCGAACAUGUUGAAGAGAACUUGAAAGCUUUUACUUUCAAGCUUGAUGAGGAAGAUUUAGGAGAGGUACAGAAAGUGUUGGAUAAGUCUAAAGCAAGAGACGUAUUUGAAGCUAUGGGAGAUUGUGGGUCUGAGUAUAGAUAGCGAUCUGGUAAAAAAAACAUAUAUAUAUCAAUGAG